AUGAGUAUCGCUCAAGAUCCAAGUGUUUUCAGUGAGAUUGAUCUCAACGAUAACGACAAUAAUGAUACUACGAAACACAGACGCAAAAGUUUUCGCCGUCCACCACCACUUAUUUCAUCCAUAAAACAACUGACAUCACCUACUUCAUUUGGUAAUCCAUCGCCAAAUGAUGUAUUUGAAGCUUGCUUUGAUUUAAUAGACAUAAACCCUAAACGAAUGACAUUAAGCCAUAGUAGUACACAUUAUGGUGACAGUGAAUCAUCUGGUGGAGGUGGUACGGAUAGUCCACGUUUAUCAUCGAGUUCAUCGCCGUAUAUAUCUACAAAUAGCUCCAUUCAUAAUGAAACUGAUGAGUCAAGUAACGAUAAACAACAACAACAAAGUCGUCUUAGUCGAUCUUAUAAUCUUAGUAGACAAGAUUCCAUAAUUGAUAGUUUAUUAUAUGCUAUUUAUGAUAGAGAACAUCAUGAAAGUAGUUCAUUCAGUGACAUAACAUGUACGGAAAUGUCCACUGCUCCUUCAAUAACAACAAAUCGUUUGAGUGAUUCGGCUAAUGAAAACAGAACGAAUACAACAUCAUGGACAAAACCGGUUUUAAUGAAGAAAAGCGUCACAGAUCUUCGUUAUAUUGUCACACAAAUUCAACUACAUAUUAGUCAAGCUAAUUCAUUAUUAGUGAGAAAUUUACGUCAUCGAGAUAAAAAUUUGAAUAAACUCCAACGUAAUUAUGAUAUUAUUACGGCUAUUUUACAAGCAGCAUCAUUGAAAAGACGCGAAGACACACAAAUGAAAUUUUCAUUAGCUCCAUCACAAGGUGAUAAGGGAUUUCAACAAUGGAAAGAUGCAAUAUGUGUUGCAUCUCGUAUGCCUAAUGGAGUACCGCCUCCUGUUCGACAAAAACUAUGGAUAUCAUUGGCUUCGAAUUACAUUCGUGAAAUACGUCUUGAUUGGAAUAAAAUACGAAAAUUUGCGUUUAAUAAUUGUGCUAAUUCAGAUGACGAUGAACUUGGAAUUCAAAUUGUCAAAGAUCUCCAUCGUACAGGUUGCUCUUGGUCAGAUAAUGAACAUGAUCGUUCAACAUUGAAACGAGUAUUAUUAGCAUUUGCACGAUACAACAAAUCAAUUGGAUAUUGUCAAGGUUUAAAUAUCUUAACAGCUGUUAUAUUGGAAGUAGUGGAUAAAAAUGAAGAAGAUGCUCUAAUGGUUCUCAUUUAUUUGGUUGAUAAAAUACUGCCGGAUGGCUUUUUUACAAAUAAUUUACGAGCAUUAGCAAUUGAUAUGGCCGUAUUUCGAGAAUGGUUGCGUAUUUAUAAUGUAAAGUUGCAUAAUCAUCUGCAUCAACUCCAAAUUUCAUCAAAAGAUGCAUCAGGAACAAUUUAUGAACCACCUCUUCUCAAUGUUUUCACAAUACAAUGGUUUUUAACAUUGUUUGCCACAUGUUUACCACGACCAGCUACAUUACGUGUAUGGGAUGCCUUAUUACUUGAAGGAAGUGAAGUUCUAUUUCGUACGGGCCUUGUUAUUUGGUCGAAAUUAGCCAUCUCUGUUCUUAAAGUACAAUCAGCCGAUCAGUUUUAUAGUGCAAUGGGUUUAUUAUCAGUACAGCUUCUAGAUGAGAAAAUAAUCGAUGUUGAUAAUUUAAUUCGGGAUAUUUAUGCUUUUGGACCGUUUCCAACUUCUAUUCUAUCGGAAUUAAGACAAAAAUUUUCCUUCAAUAUAACACCAUUUCAACAGUUAUCAUCAUCUAAUAAUGUCGCUGAUCGUACUUCGAUGAAAUCACAACAAAAAGAUGGACAAAUUUUAAUGGAUAUCAAUGGUUUAUCUACUAGACAUGGAGAUUAUAAAUCAUCCACUGUAACAAAAAGAUCGUUGAACAAUACUCAAAAUCAUGGCACGGAUGAAGAGACAGCAGCCGAUGAAGAAAUUGUGAAUUUUAUGUCAUGUUUUUCCAUAUUAGCUUCAUCAUCACGAAAUAGACUUGAGCACAAUUCACCUGAACAAUCAUGGGCAAAUUCGGCCAAUAGCAAUAGUGUUGUUUUAUCUCGUGUAACCCCCGGAGCAUAUUCAAACGUUCCCGAAACACACAAAACAAAUUCAAUUGAAGAUUCAUUAUCUCUCGAUAUAAAUCAACUACAUAGACAAUAUAAAAAAUUACGUGAAAGACAAAAACAAGCUCAAAUUAUAAUGCAAACUGCAUCCGCCGAACAACGAAAUCGUUCUCGUGCAUCAUCUUUGCAUCCAAAUGAUUCUCGACGAGUGGGACCACCACCUACGCCUACACUAAAAUCAACACGAAAAACAGAUGAUUUAUCAUCUGGAACUAUAUCGGAUGCUACGCUGUCUUCCACCAAUGUAUCAAAUAAUAAAAAUACAUCACCGCUAACAAAACAACAUUCAACCGUCUGCUCGAUCAAAGGAGGUCCAUUGAUUAAUCAUCUUUUAUUAAAAGCAGCUGAUCCUAAACGAAAUAUGUACAAGAAGAAUGUUUCGAUUAAAGCUCCUGUCUCUACUAUUCAAAAUACACGAUCUAAUAGUAUUGUAGAUUCAACGAAAUACACAUAUCCAGAUACACCAUCAACAGAAACGUCAAAACAUGAGAAAAAACAAGUAUUAUCAGAAGAUGACACUGUUGAAGAAGAUGUCGAUAUUCAAAUUGAAAUAGAACAAUUAUUAACAAGUUUAAAUCUCGAAAGACCUGUCAUACAAAAAUCUGUACCUAAAAUUACUACAAAACAACCCAUAGACGAUGAAAAUAGUAGUACAACAGACAAUGAAACUGAGAAUCGUUUAGAAAAUAUUGCCCGUACGUUAUAUGAUUAUCAAAAGACACAAAAUUUAUCUGAAACAGAUUCGGAUAGCAAAAAUUCUAAUAUUUUCGCAUCUAAGCAACGCAAUGGAUCAAUAAUGGGUCGUUUAUUGACAACAAAUCCAAAUGGACCACGUUACAGUUCAUUUAACCCAUUUCCAUCACGAUCAUUUAAUGAAAAUGUAGCUAUGAAUGGUUAUAAAUUAGGAUUAUAUGCUCCACGUUAA